GUUUCAAAAAGAUUCGAUUUUGGCAACGGAUCUAUCGAGAACGAUUGGGCGAACAGCCAUGAACGCAGUUCCAAGGUCAAUGGCGAAGAAACUGGAGGCUAAGAAGAAGCCAGUGGCAUCGCAUCCGCUGAAGGAGCUCAACAGAGGCCAUGUGAUCGUCGGAGUGCACGACCGACGAAAAUGUAGACCUAGAGGUAUUCUCUCCAUCGGCGGAAGACAGCUGGAGAUUCCAGAGGUCAGCCGCAGAGUUUCCGAUCCCACUAGGGUUUCUCUGACACCUCCGCCACUAUCGGGUGCUUCCAUCCAUUGGCUAUCUUCGCCUCCAGAGAAUGCAAAUUCCGGUCAUCGUCGCAGUCUUAGUUCUAGUUCUAGAAUUCGUGUGGCUCAUUGUCCUGUUGAUUCUUGGAAGUUGUCUCCUAGUAAUUGUAGCAGUUGUAAAUCACCGGAGCUUUCGGGAUUGCUCGAUCUCAAUUCUCCAUGCUUGGAAACAACACCAUCACCUGGUGUUAUGGUUCAGAGAACUCCUAGCAGUGGUGGGAGUGUUAGUCCCUUCUCUUUGAUCCUAGAGAAAAUUGCAAAGACAUCCAGAAGAAAUAAUCAUCUGCUUUCCCAGAACUAUUUGAUUGAAGACCAUGUUACCGGCACACCUUCAACGCGUUCCAGUUCGAUAAAUAGCAACGGUUUCAGUGACUUCAAGGUCGAUGCAGCUGCAAAUGUUCUAAAAAAUGUUAGCUUGUCAUCAAGGCAGCAGCAAAAGCACAAUGCGAGCUGUCAAACGACAUUCUCUGGGCUUAGUUUCCAGUUUGGAUCGGUCGAAACUUCCUCGAACUCGGUAGAUUUGAACCGUUUCCAGCAUCCGCCGCCGGGCAACAAUUGCGCUGAGGAAGAAGUUCUGGGAGGUGCUGAAACAAGGAUAUCUUGGAGAGAAGGACUGAUGAGUAGGAUCUUUGAGAUGGGCAACUUGGAUGGUUAUCGAUGGUUUUCAGACGAUGAGGAGGAUCUCAAUUGCCUCGAAGAAGAUAGAGUAGGAUCGAUAUCUGAUCUUAAGUUUGACAUGGAAAGUAGUAGGGCCAAUGUAGAGAAUCUAAAUGAACACAAUGCAGCUGGUUUUGGAUCCAUCGAAUUUAUGUUCGAAGCUGAAAAAGGUGGAGCUAAAGGUCCUGCACAAGGACCCAUCUUGUCUGCAGAAUCCAUUAGCAUGGAGGGGAUUGGGCUCGCCGCCUCUGAUGAUUCCGACUGGACAUUUUCUUACCAAAACCACUUGUUUGAAGUAUGAUAUACUUUCCCUUGUUCGUGCUCUCUUAGAUGAUUAUCUCUUCUCACUUCUGAGGUUGGAACAUAUAUCUAGCUUUUCAUUGCUUUGUACUUCCUCGAACGUUUAGCGAUAACGAAGUACAUGUAUUCUGGUUUUCUUUGAUCCAUGUAUACUGCAUUCUUCUGUGGCUAUUUCAAUUUCUAAGUUCUAGAACUGGUUCGAUCGAUAUG